UGAACCAGUGAGCAUCGAGUGGCGAUGAUUCGGCUACUGUUCUGCCUGUUGUUCCUUUCCCCCGGGCUGGGCUACAGAAUCACUCAAAACGAGGCCAGCCUAUACAACAAAGACGACAAUGUGGUGAUGCUGGACAGCGAAUCGCUUCCAUCGACUUUGAGCCUGAAGCCGGAGAGCAAGCUGGUGCAGUUUCUCAACAGCUUCUGUGGGGACUGCCAGCGAUUCGCGCCGGUUUUCAAGUCCCUGUCCCGAGACCUGUACCAAUGGCGAAGAGUCCUACGGAUCUAUGCAGUGGACUGUGCCCAGGAGAGGAACGUGGAGAUUUGUAGACAAUUCAACAUCCGGCAAACGCCCACGCUGAGGUAUUUUUCCUCGGAGCUCGCAGGGAAGGAGCUCGGCUUGGGUGUGGACAUACCCUCUCAAGACCCGAAGGUCAUUGUCUCAACUUUGGCGGAUCUUGUGUCAAAGGAUAAAUUCGAAUCGCCAGGUCAGCCUAAUUUUGGAUUCUUACAGCCCAACGAGACUCUAAGCUCAUUAUUUAAACAUGAUGGUCAGGCUUUCGUAGCCCUCGUCUAUCAACCGAAAGAUUCCCAGAUUGGCAGGGAUUCCAUUCUUUCCCUAUUGCCGUACGACCAAGUAGCUGUGAGAGUCUUUGGGGACUACCAAUUGCUUUCCCAUUUGGGUAUACAGCCCUCCAAUCGGACAGUAUUCAUGAUUGAUCGAACGGGCAAAACAGAGGGUCUCUCGGGAACUGAGGGCUACCAAGCAUCCAUUGGAAAGUUCCUUGAAAGCCUAAAUUACAAGCCAGUGCCUCCAUUACCGGAACCCACACAAACCGAUUCCUCUGAAUUUUUGGACCAACAAAAGCAGGCCAUAAUAGCGCAGGUGCUGAAGCAGCCUCGAAAGAUAUAUCGCGCCGAUUUGGAACAGGCCAUCGACAAACUUCUGCAUAUUGAACUUCCCAAGGCUCUCUUCCUCCAGGGGGACAACUUCACGGCCCUGCACAGCUUCCUUCGGGUUCUUAGCCAGUUGAAUCCCUUGAACAAAAAUGGAAAGGUUCUGCUAUUAGGCUUAGACAAGGCUCUGGCUGCUUUCAAUGAAACCUCCGGAUCUGAGUUUGCCGAGACUGUCGAUGCGGUGGAAAAGCCACUUGCAAAAGUUUUCAAGGGAAAACGCUAUGUUGGCUGUGUUGCCUCCAAGCCAUUCCUGAGGGGGUUCACCUGCUCCCUGUGGAGUCUGUUCCACUACCUGACAGUGGAGGCGGGUCAGUCAGCGAACCAGCUUCCUCCGGGUACGGUCCUAUCCGCCAUUCACGGAUUUGUCAAGUACUUCUUUGGCUGUACGGACUGCUCCAAUCACUUCCAGGAAAUGGCCAAGAGGCGGCGAAUGGACUUGGUGAAGACCCACGACGAGGAGAUCCUCUGGUUGUGGGCCGGUCACAACGAGGUCAACGAACGGCUGUCCGGCGAUGCCACUGAGGAUCCCCAGUUCCCGAAGAUCCAGUUUCCCAGUCCAGAGAGCUGUGCUUCUUGCCGGAAUAAUGCCUCGGAGUGGCAGACCGGAGAGGUUCUCCGAUAUUUAAAGAGCCUUUAUGGCAAGGAUAAUUUAAGCUUCUAUGGCUUGCCCACCUCUCAAGGAUACAAUUGAGUUUGACUUUGGGCUUGGAAAUAUUAAAUUAACUAGGCU